AUGUUGAGGUCAGAGGGCCAUGGCGACUUGAGGGGGGGAAUGUGUAUGUUGUGCAGAGGCCCGUGUGGCGUGUUCCGAUGCGAUGACUGCUUGGGGGGUAGACUGGAAUGUUCAGGAUGUUGCUUAGCAAGGCACAAGGACCUUCCACUUCACAUUAUACAGAAGUGGAACAACGUGUAUUUCCAAAAGAUUUCGCUGAAACUCUUGCAGUGUGACUGGUUUCCUGCAACGGUCUACCAGCCCCAAACCUGCCCGACGUUCCAACUUCUAGACCUCUUCCACAUCGUUACUUUGACAGGAAAACUUUCCACGCAUGAAGUCUACAAGUCGCUCGAACACUUAACAGACAAUCUCGAUAUCAAUGUUCCCAAGACACGGUAUAGGGCACUGAUGAGGAUGAUCCGAAUGUGGCAUCAUCUGAAGCUCAUGAAGCAUGCAGGUCGGGGAAACUUUGCUAAUGGCCUCAUCAACACACAAUCUGGUCACCUGGCAGUUGCGUGCCCUGCAUGUCCGAUGCCUGAUGUCAAUAUACCUGAGGGCUGGAAGGAUGCCCCACAGGAAUUAAAGUCAGUAUCACCAUGUCUAUUCAAGAUGUCUUUCUCAGCGAAUAUUAGGAGUGGUCCCUACCACUUUUAUCAUAAAACACUGGCAACUGCCAGCACAACGAUUUGUUAA